AUGGCGGCGAAAGAGGCGACGGUUUACAUUGUCGAUGUCGGCAAGACCAUGGGCGAGAAGGUGAGCGAUGGAACGCUUCACGAAACAAGCGGAUUGCAAGACGCCGCCAGAUCCAUUGAUACAUAGCUGACACUUCGAAGAGCCAUGGCCGGACUCAAACUAACCUAGACUGGGCACUGGAAUAUGUAUGGGACCGGAUCACUGCCACAAUAUCUACUGGACGUAAGACUGCAAUGCUCGGCGUUAUUGGCCUACGGACAAAUGACACAGUGAACCCACUGCAAGAUGAAGCGGACUACCGGCAUAUCAAGGUUCUCAAGGAGAUCGAUCAAGCGCUGAUGCCGGAUGUGCGACGAUUGCGAAACGAGCUGGUCGUCAGCAACAACAGCGCGGGAGACGCGACAUCGGCGUUGAUUAUCGCAAUUCAGAUGAUUUCCGAAAAGUGCAAGAAGCUGCAGUACCUCCGCAAGAUUGUGCUCGUCACUGAUGCCCGCGCCAACAUGGACGUGGACGAUCUUUCCAUGAUCACAGACAAGAUCAAGGAAGACAAAAUCGAGCUCACGAUCCUUGGAGUGGAUUUCGAUGAUCCGGAAUAUGGUUUCAAGGAAGAGGACAAGGACGUCUCGAAAGCUGAGAAUGAGGAGAUUCUCAAGACUCUAUGCCAGGACUGUGAUGGCAAUUGUGGAACACUGGCUCAAGCAGUGGACGAGAUACAAAUUCCGAGAUUGAAGUCGACCAGGCCGGUGGCUUCGUACAAAGGCUAUCUGACACUUGGCAAUCCAGGUGAAUACGAAACUGCAAUCACCAUCGAUGUUGAGCGGUACCCUAAGACCAUGACCGCUCCAGCUCCAACAGCAAGUAGCUUUGUCCUUCGAAGCGGUGUUCCUGAUGCCAGCCAGCACACCGCGACGCAGGAGAACGGUGACGGCGGGCAAGAAGACGGGGACGGCUUGUCCAAUAUCAAGAGAGCAUACACAUAUCAAGUCGUUGACGAAGAAGCUGCUGGUGGCAAACGCGACAUUCCGUAUGAUGAUCUAUCGAGGGGCUACACGUACGGCAGAACCGCCGUUCACAUCUCGGAGAGCGACCGCAAUGUGACAGACUUCCCUACCUCACCCGGACUUGAUCUCCUUGGCUUCGUCGACAAGCACCAGUACCAUCGCUACCUGGACAUGGGCCGAGCACACAUGAUUGUCAACCAGAAGACCAAUGACAAGGCAUCAAUGGCGUUGUCGUCACUCAUUCGGGCUCUGUACGAGCUGGAUUCCUAUGCUGUGGCCCGACUGGUACCAAAGGAGAAUAACAAACCUCAGAUGGUGCUGCUUGCGCCAAACAUCGAGCCUGACUUUGAGUGCCUUUAUGAGGUGGGAUUACCUUUUGCCGAAGAUGUGCGCAACUUCAAAUUUCCUCCUCUUGAUCGUGUCAUAACUGUCAGCGGCAAGUCGUUGAAGGUUCAUCGGUGUGUGAUCACCCUACAAAAAACUGCAACCUUGCAUACUGAUACCACGGUAGGAACUUGCCGAAUGAUGACUUGAUGAGCUCUAUGAGCGAUUACGUGGACAGUAUGGACUUGUCUACCUUUGCCCGAGACGAUGAAGGCGAACCAACAGAAUAUGCUCCUCCGGAUGAGACGUACAGCCCACUCGUGCAUCGACUUCACCAGGUCAUCAAGCAUCGCGCCAUCUUCCCUGAAUCACAGCCUCCGAAACCCUACGAGAUACUGGUCAGAUUCUCUCAACCGCCUGGAGAUCUGGUGGAGAAGGCUGAACCUGCGCUGCACAAGGUCAUCAAAACUGCCGAGGUUAAGAAGGUGCCACCAAAAGCUCGAGGCAAGCGCUGGAGCCGAAAAGAUGCUCCAAAGCCGCUUUCAGAUCUUGAUGUCGCUGCCUUGCUCGCUCAAGAUCCCCAGCGGAAAGGCAAGCAGAUUGAUCCGAAGAAUGCCAUUCCAGAAUUCAAGCAGAUACUGGAGAACGCGGAGAAGAUUGAGGAGAUUCAUGAUGCAUGCAAACAGCUGAAGUUCAUCAUCUUCGACUGGAUCAACCACUCCGUCGGCGACUCGAAGUAUCAGCAAGCGCUGGAGGCCAUUGGGGUCAUGCGUGGAGAGAUGCUCGAGCUCGAGGAAGCUGCUACGUUCAACGAAUUCAUGAAAGAGCUCAAGAAGAAGAUUCUAGGAGGAGAGCUUGGAGGCGACAGAAAAGAGAUGUGGUACAGAGUGAGGACAAGUCGACUGAGGCCGAUCGUGAAAGGCGAAUGCCAGGGAGCAGAGAUGACUGAAGAGGAGGGCAAGCAGUUUAUGAUACCCCAGUGA